AUGGGCUGCGGUAGGUUAUUUUCUCCACCAAAAAAUUCAAAAUGCUUGCUUACAACCAAGCAAGAGUCGCUAAAUGUUACAUUUACACCUCGCACAUUUGUGCAAAAACACACAAAAGGACUCUCUGAUGAUUAUAUAUUUCAAAAAAAUCUAUGAUAUUAUAGUUAAUUUUUAUUUUUUUAUUUUUAUUAUUUAAUAUUUACACAUUAGCUUUCCUCAAGUAUAGGCUCAGGUGCGUAUUCUGAAGUAAAACUUUAUUAUCAUAGCACCACCCUCCAGUACAGAGCAGUAAAACAGAUUCAGAAAUCUGGCUUAAAUUCAUGCUUCACUGAUCCUGUAUAUAGACUAAAAGAAGUCAAAAUUUUGUGUUCCCUAGACCAUCCCAACAUUUUACGAUGUUUCGAAGUGUUUGAAGAUGAUUUAAAAUAUUAUGUUGUGACUGAAUAUUGUGAAGGCGGAGAACUGUUUGAAACCAUUUUAAAUCUAAAAGGCUUCUCAGAGCAUGAAGCAGCCAAUAUUAUGAGCCAACUGCUAUCUGCGAUUUCUUAUUGCCACGAGCAUUCAGUAAUACAUAGGGACCUCAAGCCAGAAAACGUGCUACUUGAAGAGAAAAAUGGGUCUUUAAGCCUAAAAGUGGCUGAUUUUGGAAGUUCUUGCUUAUUGGACCCACAACGAAAAAUGACUGGCUGCUUUGGGUCAGCAUUUUAUAUAGCGCCUGAGGUGCUAGACGGAGAAUAUGACGAAAAGUGCGAUCUUUGGAGCUGCGGGGUCAUCAUGUUUGUCCUGCUGACUGGACGUCCGCCGUAUAGAGGAAAAAAUGUUGCAGAAAUUUUAGCUCAAAUAAAAGCUGCCCCUCUGCAGAUUUCGCAAGAAUCAAUACCCCGCCUCAGCAGCGAAGCUGCUGACCUACUACAAAAACUCCUUGAAAUUUCUCCUAAAAAUCGAAUAGAAGCCAGAGAAGCAUUGCGGCACCCUUGGAUCCAAAAUUAUAGAAAUUACAAUGAAGACACACUUGGAAACUCUUUAGACGAGCUAAGAUCUUUCCAUUCCGCUUCAAAGCUUAAAGACGCUGUCCAUACCUACGUAGCAUCUCAAGCUGUCUCAUAUAACGAAAUCAAGCUACUUAAGGCAGAAUUUUUAGCGUUAGACAAAAAUGGAGACGGAAAAUUGAGCAAGGCUGAGCUAUUUGCCCAGUAUAAAAAACGAAAUAAUGAAGAAGAUGCUGCAAAAAUCGUGAAAAAUGUCAUGGACCAUGUGGAUACUGAUCACAGUGGCUGAAUUGAUUAUACAGAAUUUUUAAAAGCAUGCAUGGACUAUAGCAAUUUGAUUUCUCAUGAAAAACUGGAGUCAGCCUUUAAAAUGUUUGAUAAAGAUGGAAGUGGGGAUAUCACUGUUCUCGAGCUUAAAGAAGCACUUGGGCAAGAGUUUUUGACAGAUGAUAGCUUUUGGAGAAGCAUUUUAGAAGAAGCUGAUGCAAAUCAGGAUGGAGUUAUCGAUUUGAAAGAGUUCAUGGACCUCAUGACGGAAAGAUCUUUAAAUUCGCCGAUUAAACUAGUAAAUAUGUAA